AUGUCUCUCUUUCACCAGCACCUCCGCCGUGCACCCGCCGCGCUCUCCUCCGCAUGGCGCUCUCUUCAUAGCAGACAUACCGUCGCGCGUGGGAUCAUCACAACCUCGGUCGCCCACAAUGAAUCGCAAGAAGUUCGCGCGCGCCCAAGAGUCGUAUUCUCCGGCAUCCAACCUACAGGCAUCCCACAUAUAGGAAACCUGCUAGGAGCCCUCCUGAACUGGGUCAAGCUGCAGCGCGAUGCCUCCCCCGAGGACCAGCUCAUAUAUUCGAUCGUCGGAUGGCACGCGCUCACCUUGCCGCAAGACCCAAGGGCUUUGAGUGUCGCGCGGAGAGACAUGCUCGCCGUGCUGCUCGCAGUUGGUCUUGACCCGAACAGGUCAGUCAUAUUCCAUCAAGAUGAGAAUCCACACCAUGCUGAGUUGGCCUGGAUCCUCAAUUGCAUCACGCCCAUGGGCAAGCUACGACGAAUGACGACCUGGAAGUCUAGGCUCGCCGCGUCGCGGAAUGCCCGGGAUGACUCGGAAGUGGACGAGUCUCUGCUUAACGCGGGGCUGUUUACGUACCCCGUCCUGCAAGCCGCCGACAUUCUGGCGUACCGCGCGACUCAUGUGCCAGUAGGCGAGGAUCAACAGCAACAUAUUGAGCUCUGCCGCGACCUUGCAGAGAGCUUCAACCGCACCUACAAAGGAAAACGGGCCUUAUUCCCCCUUCCUCAGCAUGUAAUCACCUCUUCAUGUCGCGUGCUCUCGCUCCGCGACCCAUCCUCCAAGAUGUCGAAAUCCUCACCUGACCUGAACUCCCGCAUCCUCCUCACCGACACUCCUGCCCAAGUACGCUCCAAAAUCCGGAGUGCAGUCACCGACUCCACGCUCGGAAUCACUUACGACCCCGAGACGCGUCCGGGCGCAGCUAACUUGCUUAGCAUCCUCGCCGCGUGCACGGACGAAGAUGUGCAGGUGGUUGCGGCGCGCUAUAUAGACAAGGGCCAUGGAGACCUCAAGACGGACGUCGCGGAGGCCGUCGAAGAGCUACUCACAAACCCACGAGCCGAGUUCGAGCGGCUGAGGAAGGAGACGGCGUACCUGGAGGAGGUGGCUAAGGCGGGUGCUGAGAAGGCGAGAGCUCUCACUGAGCCGGUCAUGAAAGAGGUCCGGACACGCAUUGGCCUCGUAUAGACUAACUAGUCUACAAUAGCCACCUUAUAAUUCUAAUACACAACAGUCCUAC